AUGUCGAAUCCCUCUUUUCCAGGUCGAAAUCUCUAUGCAUCCUCGAGUAAGCUCCCCGAUCGCACGGCGCAAAAGGCCGGAACCACUGUUCCCUCCCAGCAGUAUCCGCAGUCUACAUUUGGGCGACGGCCUGAGCAACAAUACCAGUUCGGACAGUCUAUCGCGCCCCAGCAUGGCGCGUUGGGUGGGAGGCAGAGUAUGGAGAAAGAAUCGAACGCUCUUAGCGAAUUAAGCGAGGAACAAAGAGAUGAAAUAAAUGAAGCCUUCUCAUUAUUCGACCUCGAUCGGGACCGGCACCUAGACUACCAUGAAGUGCGUGUCGCGAUGAGAUCUUUAGGGUUUUCUAUGCCCAAGCCAGAAGUCGCGCAGAUCAUGCAAUCGCAAGGAGUGCCGAAGCCACAGUUUAAGAGAGGGCCUCCCGUCAAAGGACAACAGACAUAUCACUCUAGCCAGCUUCUUUUACCACAAAACGCGUUUCAGCGCAUAGCGGCGCAAAAGAUAUUCGAACGCGACCCUACAGAGGAAGUUGAACGAGCCCUAUUACUAUUCGAUCCAGACCAGCGAGGUUACAUUGAAGUGGAUGAUAUUCGCAGAGUCGCUCGAGAACUAGGUGAGACGGGUCUCGAGGAUGAAGAAAUACAGGCAAUGGUGGAGGAGUUUGACUAUGACGGGACAGGAAGCGUUGCGAAAGAGGCCUUUUAUGCCAUUUGUCUGCAAUGA